UCCCCUCCCAAUCAUGUGAUUCGGGUGUCCCAAUCCCCUCCAUAUCAUGUGAUUCAAGUGUUCCAAUCCCCUCCCAAUCAUGUGAUUCGGGUGUUCCAAUCCCCUCCAUACCAUGUGAUUCGGGUGUUCCAAUCCCCUCCAUAUCAUGUGAUUCGGGUGUUCCAAUCCCCUCCAUAUCAUGUGAUUCGGGUGUUCCAAUCCCCUCCAUAUCAUGUGAUUCGGGUGUUCCAAUCCCCUCCAUAUCAUGUGAUUCAGAUGCUCCAAUCCCCUCCACAUCAUGUGAUUCAGGUGUUCCAAUCCCCUCCAUAUCAUGUGAUUCAGGUGUUCCAAUCCCCUCCAUAUCAUGUGAUUCAGGUGUUCCAAUCCCCUCCAUAUCAUGUGAUUCAGGUGUUCCAAUCCCCUCCCAAUCAUGUGAUUCAGGUGUCCCAACCCCCUCCAUAUCAUGUGAUUCAGGUGUUCCAAUCCCCUCCAUAUCAUGUGAUUCAGGUGCUCCAAUCCCCUCCACAUCAUGUGAUUCAGGUGUUCCAAUCCCCUCCCAAUCAU